AUGGCAGAUGAACCUAAUUCUGGGUGGGCAGGCAUCAAGGUCAUCGCUGAGGUGAUGAAGAGCAAGUACUGGCCAGGGAAGUGUGCUGCGAAAUCCCUUGACACCAAGGCAUAUAUCAUUUUGAAGCACCAGCCCUGGAGGUGCUUCACUCUCAUGCUAUCUCUAUGUAAUCACUAUCGUGAACUUUGUGUUCAUGUAUACGACCACUCUGGUUCUGCUGUAUCACCUCCAUUCCAUAUCGACCAACAGAAGGACAAAUUUUUGCAAAUCCUCUCAUCUAUUGUCUUUGGCAAUGAUGAGUGCAUCAGUUUUGAUACAACAAUGAACAUUCGACAGCUUAAACUCCCUACAAAGAGGGUCAUCACUCAGGGUGCAUCUGGUACAUGGGCCAAGUCAGGAGAUGCAGCCUCAGGUGAGGAGUCAGACGGGUCAGAUGAGGACUCAGCAAAGUCAGAGACUUCCAGUAGCAAUUCCUUGUCAAGUGUCUUCCCCCUCGAGCUAGAUGAGCGGCCUGAUAUCAGGACGGGUCCUCCUGCACUCCCCUCUGAGCUGCCUCCCUCGGCCAUUUCUACCCCUCUAGUUCCUUUUAUUGCCCAAACUUCUGUUCCUCCAAAUUCGUCGCCAAUCAGUAAAAUUCGAGUCAAUGAACAACUGGACGACCAAGAGUACAUCAUCAAGGACCACUGGGUCCUUGGAAAUGCAGAUGAUGAAGAUACCUUAAAUGAGGUCAUUAUGUUGAAGAAGAUGCAGGGUGUCCAUGGCGUCCCGGAACUCAUAGAAUUCAGCAAAGUUAAGCUGUCGACCGGUGAUGUCGACAAUACGAAGAUUUACCUGAUAUCGAGAGCUGCCCAGCUUAAGAGUGAUCUCCCAGUUCAACAGGAAGCGCAUGCAUGGGGUAUUUUACAUCAUGAUUGCAGCCUCCACAAUGUGAUGAUCAAGGAUGCCAACGGUAAUAGCCUUGGAAUGUUGAUCGACUGGGAAUUCGCUGUAAUCAUCACCCCGGAGAACAAAUACACCAUUGGUGGGACAGGCACAGUUCCGUUCAUGUCACAGCGGCUCCUGCAGCAAGUGAAAAAUAUCAUAGUGCCCAGCACUGCAAAAAAAAUGGCAUCAUCAUCGUCACCUUUGGCAAUUGAAUCUGUCAAGCAAGACUAUUCAGAUGAUCUUGAAUCACUGUUUUAUGUCUUUUCUUGGAUCUGCAUUGGAUACAGCGGCCCACUCGGCAUGGAAUGUCAGUUGAACGCUUCCAAAGCAUGGCUUCCACAUGCGUGGAGCAACCGGAGUAUUGCCGGAUGCUUUGAUACCAAAGUUUCAUUCUACACAACGGACAACAGCAAAGCUGCAAUCACAGCACUAGAUCUUAUUCUACUUGCACUGGAGUGGAUGGACUUCCUAAGGCUCAAUUUCCCAGUUCAGGUUGGCAGUGUCGACAUGCCAGGCUCUCUCCACCGACCCAUCAAAUUCAAUGUGCUGCUCGAGAUCUUGGACAAACAUAUCACAGGACUCCUCAAGGGUAUGCCUGAGCUGCCCCCCGAAUUGUUGUUGCACAAGAGGUUGACAGACAAGAAUGUGAAGGACAUACAUGCAUUGGGAACAAUCAUAGAUCAAAUGAACCACCAGAUCCCCGUGAAGAAACGUGGUCUGAAUGAUGGGUGGACUGUCAAACCUGUGAAGAGGAGCAAGAUAUCGAACUGA